CGUUAGUUAACCUGUAUAUCUAUAGACCGUGCCGUGCACUGUUGAUUCUAGCAAUGUUAUUCUAUGAUAGUAGUAUCUUAAAACGUGCUUACUAGUUAUAUACAAUAUAUAGUAUUUAGUAGUUUUUAGUUACUAUUCAUUGGCCGGUAUUCGUGUCGUGCGUUGUACCUAUUAUAAUUAAAGUUUAAAAUAGUGAAAAGCAAUUUUAACAAUAUCAAAAGAAAAACGCUACUUACUUGUGCUACAAAAAAACAUUUCAAUGUCAGGAGUCAAUCGUCAUGGUCGUAAUGGAUCCAGUCAGGGCUCAUCAAAUAAUAACACGCAAAUCCCCAAGAAUUGGACGAAUUGCCCGAGUAUGGCUAUUAUGUCUAUAGCCGAUUCAUUUGUGACAUUUAAAACACCAUUAGAUGAUAAAUAUAACAAUAAAAUACCAUUCAUGAAAAGAUUCAAUCCACAAAUGGUAUUUAGUCAUAUGUGUUCAUAUCAGCAAAGCAUUGGUUUAUGGAUUGAUCUCACAAACACUUCACGCUACUACAGUCAAUAUGAAAUUGAAGAUAUGGGAUGUAUUUAUAAAAAAUUGAGCUGUGACGGUCAUGGGAGUUUUCCUGAACGAAGCUUAAUUUUAUUGUUUUUCAAUAUUUGUUGUAAUUUUCUAGAAAACAAUUUUACACAGUUCAUUGGUGUUCACUGCACUCAUGGUUUUAACCGAACAGGAUUUUUGAUAGUUUCUUAUUUAGUAGAAGUAUUAAAUUAUGAUGUAGCAAGUGCAAUAUAUCAUUUUGCAGAAGCUAGACCUCCUGGUAUCUACAGACAAAAUUAUAUUGAUGAGCUUUACAGACGGUAUUCAAAUGAAGCACCUUCCGUGGCUCCAAGACCUCAUUGGAUUCAUUAGUUCUUAAAUUCUAAGCUAUUGACAUAAUAUUUUUGUAUUAUUUAUUCGCCCACAUUGCUCAAACUCAAAAAUGUAUUUUAUGUGCAUUAAAAAUGAUAAUAAAUACCUUUAUUUGUUACAAUAUAGUAUCAAUGUAAAAAAGAGGGAAAAUGCGUAACACUCUGAUGUUCAUUAAGUGUCUAGUGAGUCACUUUAAUAGAUGUAUUAAAUUUGAAUCAAUUAUUUAAAGUAUACGAAAAACUGACUGUAAAUACUGUGUCAGUCUUUAUAUAUUAAAUAUAUUUUAUGAUAAUA